GCAUUGCUGAUAGCUUAGCUAGCUUUUGAUUUGACUUGAAACUUGAAGCUAUCAGCCUUAUUCUCCAAUUUUAUUUAUUUAUUUUAAAUAAACUGAGAUGUUUCAAAAACAAUAAUACCAAGUACUGUAUUGUUUCCAAUGGAGACCUCCGCCACCACCAGGCGAUGCCUUCCAAGGGUGAUGGUCGAUGAUGUUUUCCUAGCUCCAGUUCAUAUUAACGCUGGAGGAACUGUCUACACAACCACUCUGGAAACACUUACCAAGUAUCCUGACUCAAAAUUAGCAAAACUGUUUGAUGGGACGUUGCCCAUCUCUGUUGAUCCAAUUAGCCGACAAUAUUUCAUUGAUAUCAAUGGAAGUGUGUUUGCCCACAUCUUGGACUUUUUGCGACACGGUGAACUUUUGCUCCCCGACCAUUUCACCCAACUUCCUUUGUUAAUCAAAGUGGCCGAUGCCUUAGGGAUUCAAGAGAUGCUGAGAUGCUUGAUUAUCCUAAAAGGUAAACAAAUACUUUCAAACGUAAAUGAGUCUGAUGAAGACGAUGGAACUGAAUAUGAAAAGCAUGGAAAAUCAUGGAUACUAAAUAGUUUUGAGAAAAACAAUGUUGAAAACUCAAAACCAUAUAAAAAUGUUGGUUUUAAAGAAUUGAACUUUGAAAAAGAAACUAAAGGGAGGGAUCAAUUGUCUGAAACCAGUCCUACUGAGGCAGUAAUCACUGACACUUUGGGAGAAAGCAAAUUAGAGGAAAAACAUCUCAAAACAGACAGCAUGAAAACAGGAACUUUUGAAAUGAAAAGUAUUAAAUCUAACAUCAUAGAGAAGGAAAAAGUUGAAGCAAAUUUAAUAGAAACUGAUACUAUAAAAUCAGGAUCAAUCGAGGUAUCAACUAUGCAAUCUCAGUCCUUAGACUUGGAGAAUGUUCAAAUUAAAACUGCAAAAACAGACAAUGUUAGUACAAACCACCUUGAAACAGGAGUGUUAAGAUCUGACAUAACUCAUAUGGUAUCUGUAGAAGCAGCAAAUGUAGAAAUUACCUCCAUUGACGCUGGUGCAGUAAUGACUAGAAACCUGGAAGUCAAAACUCUUAAGGCCAAUGCAUUGGAAGUUAGGACCUUGAAGGCUGGAGUUUUAGAAUUAGAAACAAAUAGAGGACCUACAAAGGUUGUGUUAGUGCGAUAUGAUGAAUAUUACAAGAUUAUAAAUAUUUACUCACCUGAUCAACUAAACCUGAGAAAUCCCAUGUUCCCCCAACAAAUGCUUCGAUCACAAUACAUUGGUAACUGUAACCGGCUGUAUUUUGAAUUCCUCAACCUGAGCUUUAAGGAUCCUCAGACAGGAGCAAGUUUUGGUGUUCCUUACUUGUUACAUUUAUUCGAUCAACUUUUAAGUAAAGGAUACCAGUUUUCCUCUGUUGUUACAGCGGGUGAGUUAAGCUAUACAAGAGACUAUGUGCUGGUUUGCUCUUCAUCCGCUGUGUAGGGGAUUUGAAAUGAAAGUCCAGGUCUCAAGGUUGGGUAAAAUAAUGAAAUAACAUCAGUAAAGAAACACAAGAAUGUACAGGGAAGCUUGAGACAAUUAAAACAAGGAAAGAGCUGUGGUCUAUUAAUGAUGGUGGACAUUCCUUAAUGUUAGAUUAUUUGGGUAAUAUAGGUUUUAUUUGGGUAUCUAAAUCCUCCAUCUUGUUAAUAAUUUCAAAUGACUAUUGUUUCCAAGAGUCGACAGUGUACAUAUUAAAUCACUGGAACAACAUGCAUAAUUGUCAUGAUAAGCUAUGUUAUAACAUUAUAGGCUACAGCUUCGUAACACUAACAUAUUAGUUUAACCCAGAUUGUUUUUAUCAAGUCUAAUAAAAGUAUGUUUUAUUAAAAAUGUGUAAACGUAAAACAGUGCUUGUCUUUUUAUGUAAGGUAUCCUUCCAUAAUCUACAUAAGUAAAAAAUAUCUGGUAACAUUUAUUUAUUUCGGUUCAGUCAUGAUCCACCAUUUUGUAAUUUUUCAAAAAUAACUAAGCAACUGAUAUUUUUUUGAAACUUUGUAUGAAAUUAAAGGUGUUUUGUUGUUUAAAAGUUUCUUAAUUAAUGUUAAGCAAACUGAUUUCAAAAUGGCGGCCUUUUAGAAUGUUCAAAGUACAUUUUUGUGAAAAUCUGCUUGGAGCUUGUUAAUCAAUAUUAUAUACAAGAUUGAAUUUAAAGCACGUCUAAACCCAAAUCCAUUGACACUUUGAUUCUAAAGAUCGGUUAACAAAUAAUGUUUUGGCAAUUUUCAUUGAAUCAAAUUUUAAAAUGGUGGAACAUCUAGAAUGAAUAAUUCGGUUUUUUCACCCCUACCUGAGGCUAAGACAGGGUUCCCACGGACCGGGAAAGUCAGGGAAACAGGUAUAGGGUCAAGAAAAGUUUUUAAAAAAGGCCGCAAGUCAGGGAAAAAUUUAAAAAAUAAUGUUAAGUCAGGGAAAUUUACUAAAAACUUCUAUAGAUCGCAUUAAUUUUUUGGAUGAUUAGUUAUAUUGAAAUGAAAUAGUUGCUGAAAAGAUGACUAAGUUCUGAAAAAUCUGGUGAUUAUGUAAUUUUUAUUACCAUUAUUUUGUUUUAUUUAGAGCUGUAAGUAUUUAGAAUUUGAUUUCUUAUUUGUUAUUGUAUUAAUAAAUAUCCCUGCUGCAGCAACCCUCAGACUAAGCAAAUUUCUAUUUACCUGGCUGGAUUUCUAAAAUAUUCCUUUAAAAUAAUUUCCAAUUCAAUUAAAAGAUUAAUUUUAAUUAGUACAUAGGUUUGUUGCUACAGAAAAUAUAAUUAGGAGUGCUUUUUAUUUAAAUCUUGAUAGCUUAAUAAUCUUAAUAUGAAAUAAACAAAUUUGUCAAAACAAAAAAAGUAAAUCGGUCGGUGGUCUAGGUCUUACUUAUCAUGAGACCUGCGGUACUAAGAUGAGGUGUAAUGGCGCCUAUGGGGAUGGUGGAGGUCGUAUUAAAUUUUAAAAAGUAGUUUUUAAGCGAUAAGUACUUAACUUAUGUUUAAAUAUUGUGUAUAUUAAAAAUAUUAUAAUUGUAAAUAUUAUAUAUCUAAGGCUUUUGAUUGUGUGGAUCACUCACUCCUGUUGCUGAAACUUAAUGACUAUGGGAUUGGGGGAAAUUGCUUUUCUUUAAUACAAUCUUACCUUUCUGAAAGAAAACAAAGAACUUCAAUUUUAGAAGAUAACAACAAACAUUAUUCAACAUGGGAAAUUAUAUCCAUAGGUGUUCCCCAAGUAGGUAUUGGGCCCACUUUUUUUUCUUAUUUACAUUAAUGAUCUUCCAAAAGCUAUUAAUAAAGAACUAAUUCUUUUUGCCGAUGACGAUGACACUACUGCUUUGAUCAAAAAUAAUAAUACAACUGAAGUGUUUUCUUCCCUGCAAAGUGUGGUAAAGGAUAUGGAGCAAUGGUUUUUAGUAAAUGGGUUAAAACUUAAUGUUGAAAAAAAACAAAUAUUAUUGAAUUUUCUACUAGACACAAAAAUAUGGAAAACUGUUCUUAAUUUAGUUGAAGCUCAUAAAUUCUUAGGGAUUUACGUAGAUGACACAGUUAAAUGGGAUUCACAUUUUGAAUUAUUUACAUAACAAAAUUAGGUCGAUAUCAUCUUUAUUCAUACAUUUAAGGGACUGUGUUUCUAUUGAGACACUUAAAGUAGUUUAUCAUGCUUAUGUGGAGUCAGUGUUAAGAUAUGGCAUAAUUUUAUGGGGUCAAGCUACUGGUAUUAAAACUUUAUUCAGGUUACAAAAACGUAUUAUUCGCAUUAUCACCAACUCUCAUCCACGCAGUUCUUGUAAGAAACAUUUUCAAAAUUUAAGAAUUCAGACAUUAACGGGGUUGUAUAUUCUAGAAUUAUUAAAUUACAUACAUUCAGUUAAAAAUGAGCUACCAGAAACAAUACAUUUUAAUCACAGGUAUGAAACCUGAAAUGAAAUUAAAAUAUAUUUAGACUCCCCAGACACCGUUUGACCCUAUAUGAAAAAUCUCCACUGUAUGCUGGGCUGAGAUUGUACAAUUUGCUUCCGCCAUGCUAUAAGUCAUUAAGCAAAACCAAAUUUAAAGAUACAAUAGAUAAUUUACUUAUUGACAAUGUUUUUACUUAAUUGAAGAUUUUUAUAGAACUACAAUGUAGGAUUUUUAGUUUUAUUUUAAGUGUUUAGUUUUAAGUUAAAAGUUUUAAUGUUAAGUAAUUUAUGUAUAGAUUUAAUUUUGACAA